UGUGUGUGUUGUCACUCUCCUCCAACCUGCUCCCCGCUCAGCAUGGCCAGAUUUACGCAAAGUGAAAGCAGAAGGGAUCAGCAGCAGCAUCAUCCCCAGCCGACUCAUCCCGCCCCCGUCAACCUGCUUCUACAGCAGCCGCUUCUACAGCAGCCGCUCCUACUUAUCCCUCAUCAGAAUCAGCUCGCGCACAUCCCGGUUCCGAAACCCAUGAACGGACCCGAAACUGUCUCCAUGCACACGGACUGCGGCGCCAUGAAAGACCAGGACGCCAUCAAGCUCUUCAUUGGACAGAUUCCGCGGAACCUCGAGGAAAAAGACCUGAAACCUCUCUUUGAACAGUUUGGGAAAAUCCACGAACUGUCUGUUCUGAAGGACCGAUACACAGGCAUGCAUAAAGGUUGUGCGUUUCUCACCUACUGUGCCCGAUCUUCUGCCAUCAAAGCCCAGAAUGCAUUGCAUGAGCAGAAAACCCUACCUGGGAUGACUCGUCCCAUCCAAGUGAAACCAGCUGACAGUGAGUGUCGUGGAGAGGACAGGAAGCUGUUUGUGGGGAUGCUGAACAAGCAGCAGACAGAGGAGGAUGUGUACCGCCUAUUUGAGCCCUACGGCGCCAUCGAUGAGUGCACCGUACUAAGAGGUCCUGACGGAAACAGCAAAGGUUGUGCAUUUGUGAAGUUCUCUACUCAUUCUGAAGCGCAGUCUGCCAUCAGUUCCCUGCAUGGGAGUCAGACCAUGCCGGGAGCGUCGUCCAGCCUCGUGGUGAAGUUUGCAGACACAGAUAAGGAGAGGACCAUACGGCGCAUGCAGCAGAUGGCUGGACAGUUUGGCAUCUUCAACCCCUCUGUCGCCCUACCUACGUUCAGCAGCUACAGUAGCUAUGCACACGCCUUGAUGCAGCAGCAGCAGGCAGCGGUGAUGGCCGUGUCUCAGGGGGGCUACCUAGCCCCCAGCCUCUCCUUCCCCUCCGCCCAGAUCCACCAGUUGGGGGCGCUAGCAAUGAACGGUCUGCCGCCCAACCCCCUCAAUCUCGUGUCAGUGAAUUUUUAUUUCCCCCCUGCAGGUCUGGGAGACUCUCCUCCAGCCGCCCUGCCCUCCUCCCUGACCAGCCUGGUGGCCCCAAUGAUGAACGGUACAAGCCUCACCCACCAGGUCAACGGACACCCUCUAGAGACCCUCUACACCAAUGGCCCUGACCGCAGCCCUAUACUCCACCCAGAGCCCACUGCUGCAGACACACUGCAACAGGCCUUUACUGUACAGCAAUACACAGCCAUCUACCCAGCAACUACACUCACCCCUCUAGGUCAGUCACUUUCACAGCACCCUCAGGUCAUUGGCCAACAGCAGAGGGAAGGACCAGAGGGCUGUAAUCUGUUCAUCUACCACCUGCCCCAGGAGUUUGGCGAUAACGAACUGAUGCAGAUGUUCCUGCCCUUCGGCAAUGUUAUCUCCUCCAAGGUAUUCAUGGACAGAGCGACCAAUCAGAGCAAGUGUUUCGGCUUUGUGAGCUUUGAUAACCCGGGCAGUGCCCAGGCUGCCAUCCAAGCCAUGAAUGGUUUCCAGAUUGGUAUGAAGAGACUCAAGGUGCAACUCAAACGUCCCAAAGACGCCAGCCGCCCCUACUGACACCCCCCAGCACAGGUUUAAUCAGAGGUAUGGAGGACGUCUUUGAUUGAAUAAGACAUUUUGUGUUGAAUAAGACAUUUUGUGAAAGAGAAAAAACGAAAAAGUGAUUCUGUUUUUUAAAACAAUGGAAAAUAGACUUCAUAUGGGAGUUGGGAAGACAUCUCUUUUUUAUCUUCAAUCAUAUCUGACUGGCAGAGGAGGACUCACAGCUCUGCACCAGUGAAGGUUUGGCAUCACAGAUGAGAGAGCAAUGGGAUGAUGCAUAGGAUAGAACAAGACAUUCAAAACAAACAGGAAACUUUUUUAAAGAUACAAACACACAAAAAAAACUAUUUAGAAUCUUUGGAGACUUGAGAGUGAAGAAGAACACCACAGACAGACUAAGAAACAUUGUUAAAAAUAAUAUGGAUUUAUGAUGAACUCAAAGAGGAGUCUAGUGAACAAAAAGAGACUUCAGGUUUUUCCUACCAUGUAAUGGACAAAUGAGGGUUCAAACUUGAUCUGAGGAUUCUAAGUAUAUCUGGAAAAAAAUAUUUCUUUCUCUGUGAGUCCUGAACCUGCUCUUUCUCAAGUUUCCAUAGCAACCGAGCAAACUGCACCCCCUUGGGAUCUGAGGACCAAAUGUUUUUCUCUUUAACAGUCUUGUACAAAAUACUAACAAUCAUAUAAUACAAUACAGUAUAAUGUUUAGUCUAGUACAAACUAACAAUCAUUAAAUACUUAAAUGCAGUAUUCUACCUUUAGUUUAGUACACAUAACAGUGACAGAGAAGUACUUCAGGUCGGCAUUGGAUUAUUCACCAUCAGUGUACUGCUGACUACUAAGGAGUAUGUAAAUGUAAAAUGGGAUCAUGUAGAAUUCAGUUUGAGAGGUUAGUGAGGAAGAAUGUUGCCCCGAGCUCUAUCUGUGGGAUGGAAUACAUUAUGAAGUGUUUGUUUGUUUGUUUGAAAGCCACCUUUUAUCAUCCUUUUACUGAUAGGCUACACUUUCUCUUUGGGCACUCAGUUUGACCCUUGAACUUUUAGUUUUGUCUCCCUCUGUGCAGCAACCACUCUGAGCCUCCAUUCUAUUCAAAGUUGCCCAUAGGCAUAGAUGUAGGAUUAGCUCACUUUGCCCAAAUACUAACCUGAAGCAUUAGGAAGAAAUGGCUAAAGGGGCUAUGUUAUCCUACUUCAUUCUAUUCUGCCUAUAAAGCAAAGGCUAUUGGCUCACAUUCCGUUUCAGAAGCUUACUACAGUUCUCGGCUCAGGGGUUAAAAGGUCUCGAGUCAGGUGUGCCUAAUGUUCGGAUGAGAUUGUCCAUAGAAACUGAUCUUAAGUCAGUUUUCUGGUUAAGGUGGUUAAUGGUAAAAGUUACGAUUUGGGGAGGGCCAGCUGAUCUAAGACCUGUGUGUCCACUUUGAUUAGCCAGUAGAUUUAGCAGGAUAGAUUGCUUCGUUCAUUGAGUCUGUUGACAAAGAAAGUAUUUGUGUAUUUACAUUUCAGGGAUUAUUUUAACUAGGGCCAGGAGUUUUUUCUGGUCAGGUCACAUGCUCCGGAAAAAUUCCUUUAACUUACCAUAACACAAAAAAACACUAGUACAGAUGUAGGAUCUUAAUUUGAGCCAGUUUUCUA